AUGCGCGCUCGCGACAACGCACACCCGUCGUCCGGCCCGUCCGCAACCAGCGACGGAGUCGCUGGCGCAGAGCAAGAAGGCACAGGGGGAUCAAACUUGCAGCCUGCGCGAGAGCACAAGAAAAGCGAUAGCACCACCGACGUAUCCAACAGCAUACGAGGCGAAAACGGACUCCACACCGACCCCAGAGCAACAACACCAGAGCCCGCAGCAGCAGCAGCCACCAUACGGCGCGAAAAAGGAUGGUGGACCGGGUUCUGGGAGAAAUACGGAAGCGUAGAGUUGGAUAACAAGGGGAGUGUAGCUAGGGAUCAUUUGGCACUGGAACGUACAUUUCUCGCUUGGCUCCGUAGUUCGCUCUCCUUUGCCAGCAUCGGCAUAGCGAUAACGCAGCUCUUCCGGCUGAAUACUUCACUGGCGAAUUCGCCAGAUCACUCGUCGCCGCAACAGGUCAAGCUGCGGCAGCUGGGGAAACCGCUUGGCGCGACGUUCAUAGGGAUAAGUGUCGUGAUGCUGUUGAUUGGGUUUCACAGGUACUUUGAGGUGCAGCAUUAUGUUAUACGGGGCAAGUUUCCUGCCUCGAGAGGGAGCAUUAUUCUAGUUAGCGCCAUUUCAGGCGCGCUGAUAGCAAGCAGUUUGGUCGUCAUCUUGGUCACGGCACCCGGUGCAUUCGAGACUUGA